AUGUGUAACUACACAUAUCACCACUACUCCAGCUGCGGCCACAUCUCCAACUGGAGCAUGACCAGCUGCCAAGAAUAUACCAACAAGCUCCGCCUGGCUGGACCAGAGCGUAGCGUAUCCUGCACCCAUAUCGAAGAUUCCCACGACCUCCUCUCCACCCAGCCCAGCAUGUGUGUAGAGUGCGAGAGCGAGUGGGCAGAGAACAUCUCUAACGGAGACAUCCAGACUCAACCCUCAAACUCUUACCAGGCAAUCGAGGGUAUCGAUACUAUAGGCCAUAUCAUCCAAGUUAACGCAGUGAGUAAUCCCACUUCAGGCGACAGGGACACAAGCAGUACUGACCACAGCGACAAUGGUCAGAUCUUCUUGGGUGCUGCCGUUGAUGAUUCGGGCAAUGCGGACGCGGACAAUUCUGGCCACAGCGACAAUGGUCAGUUCUGCCCGCGUGGUAUUGCCGUCGAAUUGAAGGCGGAUUGUAAAUGCGAAGUGCAUUGUGAUGCCUGUAGUGUUAAGAUUGAAGUUCCGGAUACCGAGGGCGCUGGUUGCGAAUCCCCCAGCGAUAACAGCAGCUGCGAUACAGAUAGUUCUGGCUCAUCGCUCUGCGGAUCUUCUUUGAUAAGGUAUAAUAUACUUAAGCUGAGAAUUGACGAAUACGUUGAGCAGCGGGAGCAGCAGCGCCUGCGGGAGGCUGAAACUGACCAGGAACAGCACGAUGCUGACGUAGAUCACCAUGUGGCUCUAACGGACGCGGUUGAUAGCGAAGUUGACCAUCGCUCCUAUGACCAGCCAUUUGACAUUGACAUUGUGCAGCAGCGUAUUGAAGCGACCGUGCUGAAGCGCAUUGAAGAAACUAACGAAAAGGAAGCCCGACAGAAAGCCAUCUCCAAGCUCCUCGACACAGCACUUUUGCAGAAGGACCAAGACGACCGACGCGAGCAGAAUGCCGAGCUAGGUAUCGAAGAGGAUCCCCAUCUCUGGGACACAGAAUCCGUAGUCGGGAUGUGGCAUGCAAAGUCAAAUCCCUCUGAAACACCCAUCUCCCCACAUACCUGCAUAUCCCCCAAUCACCAACAUACCUCACCAACAGACUCCCAGCCCCAGAAACACAUGUACAUGGGUAGUAUGUUCGCAGACGAAGAGACCGCCAACCGACUCCUCCUCGAGGCGCGGCCAUACGGCGAUUACCCAGGUGAGUGGGAAGGCUUCAUGAUGGCAUUCUCGGCCGAGGACGCGAAUCGCCAGGGUCUAUUAGACCCGAUCCACGUGCGGGGGUGCUGUUCUGAGCGACGCGCCGAUUUCCACCUGUACUACGGUUUGAUGCACGCGUCGUCCGAGGCAGAGGCCGAGAAACGUUGGCUGGAGGAUAUCCGACGGAUCCCCGGCGAGGAGGGGAAGUUCUACGGGUUGCUUCGGGCUGACGAUAUGCACCAUGCGCGUGCGAUGGGACUUACUGAUAUCCGUCAUCCGUGGGGGUGUUGCAAGGAUGGGCUUUUUACGAUGCCUGAGCGGGUGUUGCAUAAAUACACUGGGUUUAUGUGUGCGGGGUCUCUGGAGGAGGUUGGAAGGAUGGGACUUUGUGAUGCGGUACCUGUUCCUGGGGAAUGUGGUGAUUAUUAUGGAGGAACUUAUUAUGGUUAUGUUGAGGCUUUUUGUGAGUUUGAUGCUUUUAAUAUGGGAUUGAAGGAGCCUGAACAUGGGGAUUGUUGUGCCAAGACCGAGGUUGUGUCGAUCUCGGAGGGGCAGUACACGUAUUACGGUUAUAUGUAUGGUCGGUCUGAGGAAGAGGUUGUGAAUAGGGGGUUGAAGGAUGUUUUACUUGUUCCUGGAUUUGAUAUUAAGUAUUCUGGAAAUUUGCGAGCGGAUUCUGAAGAGGAGGCUAAGGCUAUGGGACUUUUUGAGCCAUCACGUAUUGAAUGA